GGCAGAACGUUGGCAGAACGCGCGCGCUCACACGUCGCUCAGUUGGCAACGCAAAACCGUUGGGUUCGAGGGGGCGGCGGUGGUGCUGGGGGCUUGGAGAGCCAGCGGCAGAGGCAGAGGCUCCACAUCGAGAGCCACGCGAAAUCCUAAAAAAUAAAAAGCACAGGCGAAGGAGGGAACGGGAACCGGUAAAGAAAUUAGUGCAAUUCAAUCGACGCAAAUCGAAAGCUGGAAUAAGGCCAAUUAAAGAUAUUAAUUGAAUUAACGCAAACGCAAACGCAAACGCGGGACUAAAAGUGCAAAAAUGUUUGGCUGCAUCUAUCAGCUGUGGGAUUGGUUGGAGGCGCCACCGCUCUUCACGGCCGGCACCAUGGACGCCAAGAAGUUGCAGCAGCUGCAGGAGGCGGCCAUACUCGCCCAGCAGCAGAAAAAGCUGCCGCUGGCCUACCAAACGAAUCUCAUGGACUACCGCACGGCCACACAUUCGCCGGCGGCGAUCUACCACCAAGCGUUGUAUCAGCAAUCUCCCACGGCCACCAGCUCCAGCGGCGGCGGGCCCCUCUCCCCCAUCGAGAUGCAGCCGCAGUCGAAGCACCACCAUCUGAUAAAGCACGGCCACGGCGGCACUUCGAGCAGCUCCCACAGCUCACCCUAUCAUCAGUCAUACUCGAGCAGCGGCGGGACGGGCGAGCAGAUCUACCAGUCGCCCACGGAGCGCACCUACCUGGCGGCGGCGGGGCGGCUGCAGGCCAGCAAUGCGAUGGCCGGACACAAUCCGAUAUCGGCGCUGCAGGCCCAGUACCAGCAGCUGCAUCAGGCCAAGAUGCACGCCCAGUUGGCCACCCAGAACGAGGCGGCCCACCAGCAGCAGCGAACCUUUGCUAUGCGUCAGGCCAUCAAUCCACCGACAGGCCACUACCACAUGAGUCAGUCCCCCAGCAUGGUGUCCAACAUGACGACCAUUACUCAGCAGCAGCAGCAACAGCAGCAGCAAUUGUUGCAACAGCAGCAGCAGCAGCAGCAGCAGAGGGCUCCCCCCUCCACGCUGAAUCUGCAGAAUCAAUACCAGCCGGCGCAGGGUCCGUUGAAGCUGCAACAACAGCAGCAGCAGCAACAGCAGCAGCAGCAUCAGCAGCAGCAACCGCAGAUGCCGAAGCACUACCAGGAGCAGCUUUAUGCUCACCAGCAACAGCUCCAGCUUCAGCAGCAACAGCAACAACAGCAACAACAACAGCAACAACAACAGCAGCAGCAGCAACAUCGCCAUAAAGCAGAUCUCCAGACACCAGGCAGCGAGCAUGGGACGGUCUACAUCCAACAGAAUCAUCCCGGACACGUGGUUAACCAGGCCUGUCAGACCCAGAUAUCCACGGUGAAGCCCAAGGCGACUCCCAGCUCCGAAGAGUCCUCAUCCACAUCUACCAAGAGUCCCACUCACGCGCCACUCGAUCGCAAGAAGAGCUCGGGCUCCAGUCAGGCUCUCAAGUCGCCUAUCACCAAGCGGCCACCCACUUCGCCCGUCACUCUGUCUGGCUGGCUGCACAAGCAGGGCUCCGAUGGCCUGAAGGUGUGGCGCAAGCGGUGGUUCGUCCUGGCCGAGUACUGCAUGUAUUACUACAAGGGGCCCGAGGAGGAGAAGCUGCUGGGGUCGGUGCUGUUGCCUUCGUAUCGUGUGUCCGCCUGUUUGCCGGAGGACAAGAUCUACCGCAAGUUUGCCUUCAAGUGCGAGCACCAGAACAUGAGAACCUACUGGCUGGCGGCGGAGAGUGCCGACGCCAUGAUGCAGUGGGUGCGAGCCCUGGCGGCGGCCAGUCUGAUGCAGGCUCCUAGCAGCGGUGAAUCGGAGCCGAGUGUCAGUUCCUCCCUCAACCACAGUGGGGAGAACUCGGACUCGGGCAUCCACACCCUGCAAUCGCAGCCCAGCAAGGGACAGCCGACGCCGUCCUCGGACAACGCCGGAAGCACUGGCGGCGGUGGAGCCCAGCCCCUGUACGCCAAUGCUCCGCCCAAGCCGCGUCGCACCAACGACGGCGGCUACUCCUCCCCAUCGCCGGAGCACAACGAACAGCCGCAGCCGCAGCAGCAGCAGCAGUCAUCUAGUCGUCGCCUGAUGUCGCCCACGCAGCAGCUUUAUCAGCAGCAGCAGCAGCAGCACCAACAACAGCAACAACAACGAUCUCAGCAGCAGCCACAGCAGCCGCAGCAGCAGCAGCAUCAUGCCAUCUACGACACGAGGACGGGCCACGUAUCGUCUGCCCUGCAGCUGCAGCAGGCCCAGCAGCAGUACAAUCUGGAUCAUCUGGAGGCGCAGUUCCAGCAGCAGCAGCUAGACAUGGAGGAGCAGAUUGUCCGACUGCAGCAGCAGCGGGCCGCCGAGGAGAUCUACGGCGAGCGGGAGAUAUACAUGGCGAAGCUGAUACAGCAGCAGCGGGCCGCAGGCGGAGGCGGCUAUCCCACCCAGCAGCAGCUCCUGCAGGCCGAGCGACGAACUCCGGAUGCCUAUGGACGGUCCAAGCAACAGCGCCUCUUUGCUGCCGCAGCAGCUGCAGCGGACUACGAGGAUAUCUACAACAUGUCGCAAUUGGGCGGCGGUGGCGGUGGCGCAGUGCCCAUGUCCGCCCAGGAGGCUCUGCUGCAGGAGGCGGCCAGCUACCGACGGCCCCUUAGCCCGCCCAGCUACGAUGGCAGUAAGCAUUUGCCGGCCAUGCCCCAACGAUACACGCCCAACCACUUGGAGGCCAACGCUGAUCAGCUAAUCAAUACCAUGGACUUGCGUGCCCGCUCCGCAGCGGCCAUCGUGCGACCACACUCGGCUGACUUUCUGGAGUAUGAGGCGCGUGCCGAGGCCGCUGCAGCUGCGGCCGCCGCAGCGGUGGCCCAGAGCAAGCACGAAAGCGGACGUGCCCCGCGACCCAAGUCCAGCCUGGACAUCAACCGCACUCCGGACAGCUUCUACUACUCGGAGGCCAGCUACGCGGAGAAGAUGCGCAAGAGUGCGCUCUACCUGCAGAGCGGAGGAGCGGGCGCAGCGCAGCCACAGCAGGCGGGCAGCUAUCGCACCGCAGCCGGGGACUUUGGGUCGGGCGUGAACACCAUUGGAUACGAGAAUCCCUACGAGCGGGCGUACAAGCGCCAGGAACUGCUGGCCGAGGCCCAGGCCCAGGGUGGCGUCGCCAGCAGCAUGCCACGCAUGAGUCGCUCGGCCAGCCAGGGGGCAGGCUGUGGGUCGGUGGCCCGCUCUGCCUCCGCCCUGCCACAACAGCAGCAGCACCAGCACCAGCUGCAGCAGCAGCACUCGGAGGAGCUGCCUCCACUCAAUGUGCAUCCGGGCUCCAUUUUCCCGCCCUCGAUGUCCACGCAGGAGAUCAUAUGCAAGAACGAGCAGUUCCUGCGCUCGGCCAGUGCCCGGCUACCGAAGCGCAGCGGCGGCAUGGAUGACGACUACUCGGCGGGCAACUCGACCACAACAUCGCCCACAUCGGGGGCUGUGCCCUCGCCGCAGCACGCCCAAGAGGGGGAGCGCAAGCGGGAGGAGUCAAUGAAGCGGCUUCUGGAGUGGAAGCAGCGCAUGCUGCAGUCCCCUCUCACCCGUAAGGGCGUGCAGCAGGGCGGCAGCAACAUGUCCGCCAUGUCAAAGCUGGGCAGCAACCCGAACAUACUGCUCUCCUCGACGGCGGUGGCCAGUGGCGCACGCUAUGGCCCCCAGGCCGGCAAGACGGGCCUCUUGGUCAACGGCGGCAGCUCUGCCGCUGGUGGAGGAGCCAAUCCGGCCCCAGCCGGAGGCAUACAACGUUCCAGAUCGGAGACUCAGGCCAAUGUGGGACCCGGCGGAGUGUACAACAGCUACUCCUCGGACGAUGAGGAUGGGACUGUGGAUGAUACAGGGUAUCAUGGUGGCGCGGCAGGAAGGUCUACAACAGAAACAACAACGACUAAUGAAAAUACAAUAACAACAACAACAACGACAGGAAACACAAUAGCAAUAGCAACAACAACAACAACAACAAUAGCAUUAGAAACGAACAAAACAACAAUAGAAAGACUUAGUAGUAGCAACAACUUAAGCAGUUUAACACCAACAACAACACCAACAGGAAAAGGAGAAGGAAACACACCAACAACGCCAACAACGACACCAACAAUCAAUGCAAAAUUCCAUCUAAAACCCAUUCUGAAAGUGCACGAGGCCAGCAGAACGCCCAUUAUUCAGGUACAGCCCAAACGGCCCGAAGAGAGGCCUAAACUGAAAUUGCAAUUGCCACCGGCGGACAUAGAUGGGGAGGAUGGGGAGCAGCCCGUUCCCAUUUUGCCAAAGAAAACAGCGCCCAAGUCGCCGCAGAAUGCCAAUUAUGUUCCCGUAUACAACAAUAAGCUGGUCAGCAGCGGCAACUACGAAAACAUGGAAUUUGGCAAGCCAAUCCAGAGCCCAGUCCAAGCCCAGGCAGAGGCAGAGGUACAUACACAGGCACAGGCACAGGCACCGUCCCAGGACAGUGUGGCGAUUAAUGAUCCCGAGGAGACACCAAUGCUGAUGCAGCUAAAGCUGUUUAAGGAGCAGCAACAAGAGGCCGCACAAAAGCAGGAGCAGGAGCAGCAGCAGCAGCAGCAGCAGAGGCAGGAGGAGCAACAGACCGAGGACGAUUUAACGCCAACGGCAGAAAGCAGGCCUCCACUAGGAGAGGCCUCUAUAGAUUAUGAUGAUGAUGAUGCAGCUCGAAUGAGAGACGAUAUACAGGCAGAUGGGGAUGGCGAUGCCGAUUCCGAUGCCUAUGCAGAUGAAUUGGAGGAUGAUGAGGAUGAGAGCACUGCCUGUGAGGAGUACACAGAUGAUGACAUUGACGAGGCCUUGGCACAAGAUGAUGAUGAUGAUGAUGAUGAUGAUGAUGAUGAUUAUGAGGAGAAGGAGGCGUCGUCGGCUGACAUGACUGACCUCCCAAGUGAUAAGGAGCUGCAGCAGCUUUAUGUUAACGAGCCCAUUACGCCCACGGAUCAGCAGUUCGAUGAGAGCCACUAUCUGCCUAUGACACCCAAGAAGGUGGAACUGGGUCAACCAGGCACCCUCAGCCUGGUGGCCACGCACGACAGCUACUUGGAGGAGGAGAAUCACUAUGUGGAAAUGACCAAGGGCAUUCAGGACGAGGACGGCAGAAACAACUACGAGAUCAUGUGCAUUGCCAGCACUAGCAGCAGCAAAAUAACCAAAGCGGAGCCUGUUUACAUGGAGCUGGCAGGGGUCAAGGCAUCGGCAGCAGCCACAGCAGCCGAAGAGGCACACUGCUCUUCAGGUCGCUCUACGCUGAAAAAGGGUAAGAAAUCCGGCACGGAGACUCUGAAGAAGAAGUCCAAGAAGAGGCAGGGCAAGGACAUGCCGGAUAUACUGAAGCCAGCUAAAAGUGCCCUGGCCCUAGCCAGCGAUAGCUCAGACGCCGACGACGAGAGCAGCAGGCAGCAGCUGGAGGCCAAAAAGCUGCGCUCGCGGUCGCGUUUCAGUCUGUCGGAUACUUUUAGGCCGGCGUCCUACUACCUGGGCGCCUCCACGCCGCUGAACAACUAUGCGGAGAGCUCGGAUAGCGAAAUAUUGCCCCCGCCGCCCAUUCCCGACUCCCCGCCGCCCAUGGAGGAGCUGAAGACCGAGGAGAUUUUCUCCUCGGAGCACUACGACACCGUGAAGAGGCGCGACAGCAAGGUGAACCUGUCCUACGAGCAGCUGCCCAAGAUGCAUGCCAGCAAUACGUCCCUCAAUCUGUCGAAGACCGAUCCGAGCACCACGCUGAAGAGCAGUCGCCUCUCCCUGCCCGACCACUUUGCCAAGGCGCGUGGUGGCACCGUAUCGCGGGCUGCUGCCACGGCCAUCAAAGGCAAUGCCACGCCCACUGUUCUGCUGAAGCAGCAUCACGCCCGCACUCUGUCCGAUUCGAACUACAGCUGCCAGACGGACAACAGCUCUUCGCGCACUUCCUCGGACCUGGAACUCUAUCGGAAGCGAGGACAGCAGCGUCCGUCGCCGGCCCGGUGUCCCAGCAAUAACUCCCUGCCCCUGCGCUAUGUGGGGGACAGCAGCGAGAACGAGUCGUCCGUGGAGUUUAGGCAGCGGUCGGACUCGGAGCUGGAUCGCCAGCGGUCGCGGCGACCCCUCUCCCAGGAGUCGAUCAGUGAGAUCGAGUCGCUGAGCGAACAGUUCGAGGAGACUCUGAGCAGCCACGAGCUGGACACGUACCUGAGCCAUCUCCAGGGCAGGGAUCUGCUGCCCUAUCAGCAUACGAGCACUAGUCAUGCCACGCCCACCAGCCACCUGCUGAACGAUGCCAAUGCUGCGGCCGGCGCGGAUAUUCUGACCAAUCUGAUCAAGCCGCCGAAGACGUUCCGCAAUCCGGAUGACGGCGACGGGGAGCAGCACUUUUACGGCAACAUCCACUUCCUCUCCUCCACGGACUCCAUCCAGCAGCUGGGCGAAGGAGGAGCGGCUGUGGCAGCGGCAGCGGCAGCGGCUGCCUACCUCACGCCCAUGCACAGCCGGAACAACAGCAACAUAUCCACGCAAUCGGCUCCGUACUAUUACUCCGAGCUGCCGGCACCACUGCCGCUGAACAACCAGCGGGACAUCCACGCCCAUGGCCUGAACAUUGCCCACAUUCACAAUCCCAUCGAUCGGCACCAGUUUAAUAUGGAUGCCCUGGUGGACAAGGACCAGGCCAUCGACAGCAAGAAUCUGUACUGCGUGAAGGCCAACAACGAGAAGCUCAGCUACAGCAGCAACAAGAACCUGAACCUGAAGGCGGGCCAGGCGCAGCUCAACAGCAGCGGGACCCAGAGCCAUCCACUAAACCCAGCCCAUUCAUUUCUCACAACUACUAAAAACACAAAUCUCGCUCGUAAAUCGAUUGGUGGUAGCCUCUUGGAUGAAGGACCUCAUAGCGAUAGCGGUAACGAUGGUGUUAACGUUCAUGGUGUGGGAGGGCCACUACUAACAGCAGGACGAGUGACAUGCAAUAAUGGCAAUCAACUCUCAGUUCUAGGUGGCGAACUGCUCUGGGAGGAGGACACCCUGUGGCGGGAGAGUCUGCGUCGCGUCUCGCAGCGGCAUGCUCGCUCCUUGGACGAUCUCGACAGGAUCGCCGCCGGCCCCAUAUGCAGCACGCCCAAGACCAAGCUCAGCCGUGAGGUGACCUAUGUGAAUGACAGCCAGAAGCCUCCCCAGCGGCACCAACAGUCGGCCAGCGACGAGCACGAUGUCUAUGUGCAGCUGAUGGGCAACAGCUCUCAGACCACUCACAGCCAGGAUCAGACCGAUUCGGAUGUGUACGAGGUGCUGCGCGAGGACACAGCCUCGAAUCUGUCGCACAAAUCGAACGAACUGGAUCGCGAAACCAUCCGCCAAUGGGAUGCCAUGUCAAGUGGCCUAAUGAAAACCACCAGCCACAAUGUGGAGACCGCAGCGCCAAUGGCAACAUCAGCCAGGACACCCACAUCCACACGCAGUGCGAGUAGCAGUGGGCCCAAGGUCAGCCUGCCGCUGACCAGCAGUGUUCGCUCCAUCAUCCAGCAGCUGAAUGGCAGUGGCCAAAGUAAUACCGACGAUGACAAUGGUAAUCCCAUUGUUGUAGCCUCGAUUUCCGUGCGCAAUGUGAACAAUUUGCCCAUGGGGAAUCUGACAGUGAAGCCGGAUCCAUCCGAUGGCCAGCAGGAGUCGGCCUUUGCCCCCUACUAUGGCAGCGCCGCGGAAACGAAAUACGCCAAGGCCACAGUGCUGACGGAUCGCGGCCUCUACGCCUCUGGAGCUGGUCCAUCCACAUCCACAUCCACGCCGCAGCAUCAGCAACAGCAGGAGCAGCAUCAGCAUCAGCAGCAGCAGCAGCAGCAGCAGCAGUUCCGGAUGCGACGUGUCGGCAGUCGGGCGGAAAUCGAUAUGCUAGAGCGGGAGACGAGCAGCCAGAUUAGGAACCGCCUGCGCAGUGCCGAGGGUCUGACCCGAGCAGAGAGCAUCCAGCGACUGGACUACUUGAAGCAGCACCUGCUCGACCUGGAGCGGCAGUACGAGAAGAGCAAGCCGCUGGUCAAUCUGGUGGACAACAUGGUAAAGCUGGGCUCUCUGUACCGCAACGAUGCCAACGGGCGGGCUCAGCCGGCCACUCUGGAUCGCCUGGAGUUCAAUCAGCGAAUGCAGGAGCGCCAGAUGCUGCAGGAGGAGCAAAAACAGUGGGAACGCCUCAGCCCCAAUCAGGCAGAGUUGCAGGCCAAAGUACGAGAGCUGUACCAGCUCGAUCAGCUGCUGCAGGAAGAGUCGGGCAUCUUGCAGAGCUUGCAGCGCGACAAGGAGGACUUGGAGAGGGCCCUGGGCGGCCUGCGGGCACGCAUCCACGACAGCAACGCCACUCCCAUGGCACUGGAGGCGGCCAAGAAGCAGCAGCACAUCCUGGAGCGCGAGCUGUCGCGUGUCCACCAGCUGCUGGCCGACAACUCAAAGAAACUGGAGCAAACCGUAGCCGGAAAUGCCCGUCUCGAGCAAGAGCUGCUCCUGCUCCGCCAGAAGGUACAGGCCACGCGGGCCAGCACCAGCAACGGCAUGUUGGCCAACGAUGGGUCCCAUGUGAAUGGCGGCGACCAGACAGCUGUCGUGUUGCAGUCGGAGUUGGAGCGGGUGCAGUCCCUGGUGGGCGACAUGCAGCGACAGCGCCAUGAACUGAGCUCGGCCGUGCGUCAACUCACGGAGAACUCGACGCGUCUGUACCAGGAGAUUGGCAACAAGGAAAUGACAGCCGUCAAUGGGGGUGGCUCCACCAAUGGCAGCCUCAAGAAGCGCAGCAACUCGACCAGCUGGACAGAGACCGAUCUGGAUGCCAAUAUGCAGCAAUGGAACGGCAGUCGGCAGAACCUCAACGACUCGACCCUCAAUCUGUCCACACCGCUCUAUGUGGACACCAACAGCUCGGCCAAGUUGAGCGACUACAAUCGCUACAACGGAGGCGGCAGCAGCGAUGCCCUGGAAAUGAGUGGCGUGGACAGCGAUGGCUUCUUGGACAGCAAUCCGUUCGCCAAUUUGAGCAAUCUCGAGAAGCAGGAGAUCAAAACGGUUCGCAUCGUGAAGCGGGAGUCGGAGCGUCGUCAUCGCGAUCGCAGCGAGCGUGGUCUCAGCAACUCCAUACAGAACCUGGACCAGGUGCUGGAGGAGGAACAGUACGCCCAGCAGCAGCAACAGCUAGCUCAUCAGCAGCAGCACCAGCAACUGUAUGGCCACAGCCUGGAGGAGCAGAUGACCAACGGACAUCAUAGCCGCUCAAAGUCGUUGCCGCGGAACUACAGCGAGCCACCGAAGCCUAGGAACAGUCGCCACAUAAACGGCGGUGGAGCCGUGAAGCAGAACGGCCACCACUUCAACGGCAGCAGCUACGAUUAUGACAGGAACAGCAACUACGAGCAUCAGCCGCCGCCACCACCAGCACCGUCAUCGGCGCCAAUACCACAGAGCAAUGGCCACCACCAUCAGAACCAUCAUCAGAACCACCACCAGCAGCAGCGGGAGCAUCUGAAUCCUCUGGCCAAUGCCUAUUUCGCCAAGCAACUGCAGCAGCAGGCGAAUCCCUCGCGGGACAGUGCCAGGGUGGCACUACGCACCAAGACAGACUCAUUGCAGAGCCUCAACAAGAGCCUGACGGACAUCAGCCCCGAGCCGGUGUUCCAGAGCGUGGCCGCUCGUCAGAUCAUCAAUGAGAUGUCCGCUGGCUCGGCGUCGGAGGACACCGAGAAGAUUGUCGAGAAGGUGCCGCCGCCGCACAAACAUCGACGGGCAGUGCCCCGCGAGAAGCGACGUCACUAUACUGCACCCAACAAUGUAAACCAGAAGGCCAUGGAGAAGGUGCAGGCGGAGAAUGACAUGAAUCGCAAUAACACAAACUGGCGAGCCCGCGACGAUCUGGACAUGGAGGUGGCCCUGAGGCCGCGCAUGAAUGCCCCCGAUGUGGUGCGUUCGGCACUGGGACAGGGAGAGAAGAUCUCUGAGAAUACCAUUGAUAACUUGCUCUUGGCCCCCAACAAAAUAGUCAUUCCCGAGCGUUACAUACCAGAAACAACGCCCGAACUAUCGCCAGAGGAGAAGAAACGUCGCCAGGAGAAGGUCGAGUCCAUUAAGAAGAUGCUGGCCGAGGCGCCUAUUAGCAGCAACGAGAACGAGAGCCUGCCGCCGAGCAAAAUCACAGCGGAAAAGAAGCAGCGCGAGCACUUGCUGCAGCUCAACCAGAUCCUGGCCCAGCAGGUGAUGCAAGUCAGCAAGAUUGUGGCCGGCAAUCCCACUAGUCACAACUAAUUAAUUGCCCCAGUAGACCAGUCGUGUUGUUUCUGUUCACAUUUUGUGUUUAUUAUUUGUACUCGUACCCGUACUCGAAUGCAUUUACAUACAUUGUGAUUGUGAGGAGCGUUUCGUUCUCAUCACGACACUCGUAUAUUCACCCGGUUCGCGCUAUCAAAACAGCAAAUACCUAUACUAUACUAUGCAUACAUAGAACGGUACACUUAAGUAUACAGUAACUGCCAUAACAACAGUAACAGCAACAACAACAGCAACAGCAACAGCAACAAGAACACACCAGCAGUUGAGAUUUACAGCAUGCAAAACUCACUCAAAAGUAAACUCAAACUCACUUCAAACAAAACGCAAAAAUUC